AUGGCGAAUGCAUUAAAAAUCAAAUGUGGUAACGCAAAAGGGCGCUUAACGCGGGCAGCAGCAUUUGUGGAAACAAUAGAUGAAUCCACAACUCUAGAAAUGCUUGAGAUACGUUUGAAUAAACUUGAGACCGCGUGGUCAGAAUUUUCUUCGCUUCAUAACGAGAUUCUCGAACAAUCUCAAGAAAGUCAAGUCGCAAUUCGCGAAAGGGUAAAUUCCAAUGAACUUUCGUUAAAUAAGUCAGCUAUAGAUCGCGGAAGCUAUAAGGAUUGGCCAUCCUUUCGAGAUUUGUUUCUCGGAUCAGUUGACACUAAGACGAAUCUUAGUCCAACUCAUAAGUUCCACUAUUUGAAAUCGUAUCUACGUGAUGAUGCCGCUAAUCUCAUAAAGCACAUUAGCAUAUCCGAUGUUAAUUAUGCUGAAGCAUGGGAUCGUUUAGAAAAGCGUUAUGAUCGUAGACAAUUAAUCGCUCAAUCGUUUAUUGAAACUUUUUUGUCGCUUCCUACUACAAAUGUUUGCAAUGUUCAAACUUUAAGAAAAAUUUCUGAUGGUGCCGAUGAAGUUGUGCGUGGGCUUAGUGCGUUGGGUAAAUCGAGUCGCGACCCAUGGCUCAUUUAUUUGUUAUUGAACAAACUGGAUCCCGAUUCAAAACAAGCUUGGGCAGAACACAUCGGUUCUCGUGAAGACUGCACCAUAGCAGAAUUUUUAGAAUUUUUAGAAGAGCGGUGCGAUGCUCUUGAGGCAUGCCAAUCUCUUAAUGGUCGUUCGGUCACAACGCGUACAAAGCAACCAACUAGCAUUCGGGCUCAUUUAGCUGGGCCCUCAGAUUUAGCUAUGUCAUCAAAAUGUGCAAUGUGUAAAGAGGAUCAUAUCCUUUCGCAGUGUGCCAAAUUCGUCGCGCUAGACAUUGACUCUCGUCGAAGUUUUGUAAAAACAAAUUUACUUUGUUUUAAUUGCCUUCGUGCUGGCCAUUCGUCGCUUAAAUGCCGUUCCUCGUUUCGUUGUCGGGUGUGUAAAUCACGCCAUCAUUCGCUGGUGCAUCUCGAAGAUGCAUAUGAAAAAUCUCAAUCCGCUUCUUCAAAAUCUUCGCUUCAAUCUCAACCUUCGUUAUUACCUUCUACAGCUACAUCUACAACUACAACUACUGCUCCCAAUUCGAUAAUUAGUAACCAUUCGCUUGAAUUUACCUGUCGGAAAAAAACACUAUUACCAACGCUGUUGGCUAAAAUUCAAGAUAUUCAGGGAAAUCUUCUAAACUGUCGUGUGCUUCUAGAUUCCGGGUCACAAUCUACUUUCGUUAUUGAAUCUUUCGCUCAAAGACUCGGGUUUCAUAGAACUCAUUCAAGAAUCCCUAUUCUCGGUUUAUCGGCUACGGAAAUAGGAUAUACAAAAGGGAGUAUAUCGUUAAACCUCCAUUCUCGUUUCAACACAUCUCAAUUAUUCGUUGAUGCAUUUAUAAUGGAUAAAUUAUCUUCGAAUUUACCAUCUAAGUCGAUAGACGUGUCUUCUUGGUCAUAUAUUGAAAAUCUCGAACUUGCUGAUCCAAAUUUCAAUUGCGCUGCUCCCAUUGAUGUUCUUCUUGGAGCUGAUAAGCUUUGGAGCAUUCUAAGGAAUGGACAAAUUCGUGGUCCUGAUGGGUGCCCAAUCGCUCAAAGUACUUCGUUCGGUUGGAUCAUAACGGGACAGUUCUUUGAACCAGAAGAAUCGAAUUAUUUCACGUCUUUUCAUUCGUUAGUCGAUAUUGAUUCGUUACUACACCGAUUCUGGGAACUCGAAGAAGUUCCUCCAGCAAAUAAUACAGCUGUGGUCGACCAGGCGGAAGAACAUUUUCGCCAAACAUUUUCUCGGUCUCCUGACGGGAAGUAUGUCGUUCAACUUCCAUUCAAAACACAAAAUCCAUCGUUCGAAAAAACUCUACCUUUUGCUGUUUCGCGUCUCUAUGCAAUGGAACGUCGUUUCAAUCAAAAUUCCAGUUUGCGAGAAUUAUAUUCUAAGUUCAUGCGAGAAUAUAUUGAUUUAGGCCAUAUGACUCAGAUUCCUCGUGAAGAAAUCGCUAUUCCUAAUGGCAGAUGUUUUUAUCUUCCUCAUCACGCAGUGUUGAAGCCGGACAGCUCGUCCACAAAAUUACGUGUCGUGUUUGAUGGUUCAGCUAAGGACUCAACGGGAAAGUCUUUAAACAGUACUCUAUUGAUAGGCCCUCCUAUUCAACGCAAUUUAAUAGGUGUGUGCUUACGUUUCCGUCAACAUCCGUUCGUGUUUACUGCAGACGUUGUUAAGAUGUUUCGACAAAUUUGGGUUGAUGAUUCACAUGCUGACUAUCAGCGUAUUGUUUGGCGUGAAUCUCCUUCGAAAGAAAUCGAGCAUUAUCGUUUACGUACUGUGACGUACGGUACUGCAUCCGCUCCAUUUUUGUCUGUUCGUACUCUGAAACAACUUGCUGAAGAUUAUAAAUCAGACUACCCAAACGCAGCCCGAGUUCUCCUAGAAGAUGUCUACGUCGAUGAUGUCAUGACAGGAGCUAAAUCAAAGAAGGAACUUAUGGAACUACAAUCUGAAUUAGUAGCUCUUCUUUCCUUGGCCAAACUUCAACUGCGAAAAUGGAGUUCUAAUUGUUCUACUCUUCUAGCUUUGCUCCCAAAGGAAGAAUGUGAAUACUCUAUUUUCGAUACGGAACGCUCAAAGUCAUUUGUUAAAGUACUCGGCAUGCAUUGGAACCCUUUAAAUGACGAAUAUUCAUUCCGCAUGUCAAAAAAUCUUCCAACCAUCUUGUUGACUAGGCGCUCGUUACUGUCAGAAGUGUCGCGAAUAUUCGACCCAUUAGGACUACUGGCACCAUCCGUCGUUCUCUUCAAAAUACUAUUUCAGGAACUCUGGUCAUCGAACUUAAAUCUUGGAUGGGACGACCCGUUGCCUUCAGAAUUAGCGGAACGAUGGGCAAAGUAUAGACAAGAGAUUUCGGAUUUUGAGCAGGUUCGUAUCCCCAGAAACUUGUUUGCAUCUUCAUUCGAUGACGUUGAGCUUCAUGGAUUCUGCGAUGCAUUCUCACUCGCUUACGGUGCUGUUUUAUACACUCGUUGUAAGACCACAGAAGGAUACAAAGUCAACAUUAUUGCAGCAAAGACAAAGGUUGCUCCGUUAAAACCGAUUUCGAUUCCUCGCUUGGAGCUUUGUGGGGCUUUGCUGCUAACUCGUUUGUUCAAUCUCAUAAAAUCAUCAUUUUCGUUUAAAUUUUCCAGAACUGUAGCUUGGUGUGAUUCUGAAAUUGUUUUGCAUUGGCUCUCUUCACCUCCUCGUCGCUGGACUACGUUCGUUGCCAACAGAACCUCUGCUAUAUUGGAAACUGUUCCAAGGAGUUGCUGGAACCAUAUUCGAUCCGAGUCAAAUCCAGCUGAUUGCGCAUCGCGCGGUAUUCUUCCGUCAAAUCUUCGAAAUCAUCACCUUUGGUGGACUGGUCCACCAUGGUUAUCCCUUGAGGAAAAUGAAUGGCCAAAACCAAAACUCGUGAACUUUAACCCGGAAGAGAACGAACUCUUACUCGAAAAAAGAUUGUCUCCACCUCAAGUUCUUCUAACGUCAUCCAACAAGUUUGAUGUCAUUGAUCACAUUAUCAAUAAAACAUCAUCGUGGUUUCGUAUGCAAAGGAUACUCGCUUACGUCAUACGUUUCAUCUAUAACUACCUAUGUGAAAAAUCUAAUAAACCUAAUCGUCGAACCUCAUACUUAACCCUAAAGGAAAUCAUCGUCGCGAAAACAACUAUAAUUAAAUCCAUCCAACAAAAUUCAUUCAGUGAAGAUAUUCGUGCCCUAAUAACCAAAAAACAACUACCCCAAAAAUCAAAACUUCUAAAAUACUCUCCCUUUUUAGAUAACAAAGGUCUUCUUAGAGUAGGAGGCAGGAUAAAAAAUGCUAACAUAUCUUAUAACAUAAAACAUCCUUAUAUUCUACCUAAUAACAAUUUUUCUGCUCUUCUUAUAGAAGAUAUCCACAAAGGUAACCUUCACCCAGGAGUUUCCGCAACCUUCGCCAUUGUAAAACAACAGUUUUGGAUCUUGGGCUCUCGUAACAUUAUCCGUAAGAUUGUUUUUGGCUGCAAUAGAUGUUACAAACUGCGAAAAGAUACCACUACGCAACUAAUGGGUGACUUACCAUCGCAAAGGAUAUCACAAAGCCGUCCGUUUUCACAUACAGGUUGUGAUUAUGCUGGGCCUUUUAACAUCAAGUUUUCUAGAAAUCGUAAUCCAAAACCAUCAAAGGCCUACAUUUGUUUAUUUGUAUGUAUGGCCACCAAAGCUAUUCACCUCGAGCUAGUGAGUGAUCUCACUUCUGAAGCCUUUCUCGCCGCUUUUCGUCGAUUUGUUUCGAGACGUGGACUCUGUUCGAAUGUCUAUUCGGACAAUGGAACCAACUUCCAAGGUGCGCGUCGAUGUCUCAACGAGAUGCACAAGUUGGUUCUGUCAGAAGCAUACAAUGAAGCCGUUGCUACGGCACUUGCAAAGGACAGUGUGGAAUGGCACUUUAUCCCCCCAUCGGCACCCCAUUUUGGUGGUUUGUGGGAGGCUGGUGUCAAGUCCGUCAAGUUUCAUAUACGACGUGUAAUUGGAUCAACCAUACUUACUUUCGAAGAACUAUACACGGUUCUUACUCAAAUCGAAGCUGUUCUAAAUUCUCGUCCUCUAUGUGUGAACCAUUUACUGCAAUCCCAGAGCCAACUACUUUGGAAACACCAGUCAACCGACUCUCUCAUUGGAAUCACCUCCAAAAUAUGGUCCAAGGGUUUUGGAAACGUUGGCAUAUGGAAUACAUCACCACCCUUCAAGAACGUCCAAAGUGGAAACGAUCCAAACCUUAAUCCAGGAGACCUGGUUAUUAUAAAGGAGCCAAAUCUUCCACCAACAAAAUGGCUUCUUGGCAAGAUCGAAGCAACAACUCAAGGGUCUGAUGGUCGAGCACGAGUUGCUACUGUUAAUUCUAUCGUGAAAGAAUACAAUAAAAACUUUUUACCGAAAUUCAAUUCGCGAUACCGUGUAUCAUCUUACAAAAAAAGUGUUUUCCUUGAUAAGAAUCGUGAUUGGUUGAAAGGCUUAUUUCAAGUAAAAGAAUUUAAUCAAGACAAUAAUAUUGGAUCGCAGGCCAAGCUUGGUUGGAGGCCAGUUAAGGCCUUUGAAGAAUGUUGCAAUCGCAGUAAGGGGCGCAAAAUUCGUCAACUUCGGGAUGAUGUCCCUAAAGUUAUAAUAGAAGCUGCGGCUUCGACAUCUUCACCAAAGAUUUUAAAUUUUGAUGCUGAUUCUGCUCUUGCCUUGAGCAUUCAGGCAAAGCUAACAAAAGAGCAAUAUGAGAUACUUCGAAAAGCUACUAAAGAAAUUGGGCACGAUAUAUUCCCUUCGUAUAAGAGGGUUACCGAAGCAAGAAAGAAGUGCUACCCGGAUAACUCGACUGCUAGUGAAACAUCUGCUUAUGUUCCUUUGCAAGAUCUAUUAGAUCACACAUGUAAAAGAAUUUUCCAAACAUUUGAAAAAAUGACAAUGGUGAGCCAAGACCAACAUCUUAUCUUGCACACCAAAUGGGGAUGCGAUGGUGCAAGUGGUCAAAGUCGCUACGUGCAAAACUUCGAGGUUUCAAUGGAAGGCGUUUCUGAUGAACAUUUGUUUCUUACAUCCCUAGUGCCUUUAAAGCUUGUACAACAAGAAAAUGAAGAGUUGAUUUGGAAAAAUCCACGACCAUCCUCAACUCGUUAUUGCACAGCUCUUCGAUUUUCCUUUUCGAAAGAAACUCCAGAAGAAGUUAGAAAAGAAAAAGACCGUGUAGAAGCUGAAAUUUUGAAUCUCCGAGAUACUGAAAUUGAGUUCAAUGGAUUCUUUAUUAAAAUAAAACAUGUAAUGUAUUUCACAAUGAUAGAUGGAAAAACUGCACAAAUUGUUACAAAUACAACUUCUAGUAGUAAUUGUACCAUUUGCGGGGCAAAGCCAUCCAGUGUAAACCAACAGAUGAAAACGCUCUAA